UUCUGAUCGGCUUGCGCCUUAUCGAGGCCAAAACGCUCCACCGCGGCCCCGGCGACGAGCGCCAUCCCUCAUCCAUCUUCCUCCCUCCUUCCCCCUCCUCUCUUCUUGCUCCUUCCCUGAGCUUUUGCUCGUCGCUUCCCUCUCCCCCCGUUUCCUGGCCCUGUGCCCGCGCGUGUGUGCCAUGUCCUACUACAACCGCCCCCCUCCGACAUUCACCAUGUCGGACAUGCUGCCGGCCCUGCCGCACGCAGCUGAUCCCUCGACCCAGUCGGCCGAUCCUCCACCUCCUGAGCCGGAGCUCCCCACUGGCACUGUUGUUCUGCUGGAGUACAUUGACCGCCGCGUCCAGGUGGAGCUUGUCACUGGAGAGAUCUACCUCGGUGUCCUUCGGACUUUUGACCAGUUUUCCAACUUGGUCCUGACCGACGUGCAGGACCGCAUCCUCGGAGAUAUCCCCGUUCAGCCGGCCGACCCGGCUGCCCCGCGUGUUCGCCGCCAAAUCAUCGACAGUGAAGUCCUUGAGGGGGCCAUCACCAUCCAUGGCGAGUCGCUCUCCUGCAUCUCUCUGCUUUCGGAUGAGAUUGUUCCUGGUCGCCAUGCUGCGCCAGCCCCCGCCACCACCAGCUCCGCCACCGCCGCGUCUGCCGCCGCCGCCGCCGCCGCCGGUCCGACCGCUCCUGCCGCUGGUGGCGCUCCCGGCUUCCCGGCCGGUGGGCCUCCGUCGCCCGGCGGCGGCUUCAUCACCUUCAGCAACAGCGGCCUGCGUGGCAGCACGCACUCCAGGCCACCCGCCGGGAGCUCCGGGCGCCGUGGGGAUCGCCAGCAGCAGCAGCAGCAGCAGCAGCAGCACCGUGGUGACAGCGGUCGGAGCAAUGCUGGUGGUCGCGGCCGGAACAAUGGUGGUAACCACGAUCGUCCUCGCCAUUCGUCCCAGUCCCCGCCACAAGAGUUGGCCGACUUUGAGGAUGCCGGCCACCAGUAG